CACGGCUGUCACUGGCAUCCCCAUGAGUGACAACCUGCAGGUCCCAUGGCACCGUGAGUGCCCUCUGGAGACCUCCCCUCCAGGAGGCACUGGAGAAGCUGGAGCAGGUCCCCUCUCCUGAGGGGAGAGAGAUCUUCUGAGCUCCUGCAGGACUGGGGAAAGGCUGGGUUUUCUGAGGGGCUGGGGGUCACAGGGACCAGGUGCCAUCUCCCCUCAGCUGGGGGAUGCCUGGUCACAGGUGGGAAAGAGGGACAUGCUGCGCCUGGGCACAGCUCCCCUCCUGAAGGUGCAGUCUCUGUGGUUCCACCUGGGAGAACCAGACAGGGGGUGGGAGCCCCAUGGGCUCCCUCCCCUCCAUGGGUCCCGUGCCUGGCACAGCAUCCCCAGCACCUCCCCUGGCACCUCACCUUGCUGGCCCRGUACGGGUACAUGGGGCCCUCUGGCAGCCCRAGGCACAGCCCGAUGGAGCCCAGUUUGGUGCAGAUGUUGAUGGCUCAGACCCUGCUGCAGCUCAGACCCUCCUUCCCUUCACUGCCUGUUCCAGCAGCAGCAGAAAUUCCUGCUGCAAGGACACAGAUGCUGCAUUAAGAUGUGGCAAGCCCAAGGCCAGCAGCUGGUGAUGUGCCGGGCAUGCAGGUGCCCAUCUUUCUGCCAGGAGACUGCAUCCACUAUGAUUGCUUCCCUCCAUGGSUGCUUUGUUUCUCUUGACAGUCAGGGAACAGGCAUUGGCUUGGAUGAUGCASGAACAAAGCAGAGAGUGUCUGCUCAAGGCCGUGUGGGGAAUGUCCUGGCUCAGGGGCCCUGGGAAGUGGGAUGAGAUCAGACUGUUCCCAGAAUUGUGUGUGUCUAAUGAGGAAAGCCCUUCUUGUGAAGGUGUCAAGCCCACGUGAGCCAUGGCACUUCCCCCAUCCCUUCCACUAGCUGCUCCCUCCCUCCCUCACCCACAACAUCCUCUUGUGGCUUAUGGCUGCACGUUUUCCAAGGACAGCGGAAUUUGCCUGGAAAAGCCAAGUGAUUUUUGCCCUUUGGAAGAGGGCUUCCAGCCGGGAUCAAUGUCCUGGAGUUUGAAGGGCUGGAGCAUUUGCUCCUCCUGGAACCAAGGGUUGGUGUAAACCCUGUGUGGGUGGGGUUGUCCAUGGAAAAUGCUAUAAGGAAAUAUUAGGAAGCUGAGCAAACAGCCAUAGCUGGGGCAGAGGAGGACAGGCAGCAUGGCAGGGCUCUGUGUCCGCUCUGUUCUGGUGACUGGGGCCAACCGUGGCCUUGGYCUGGGAUUUGUCCAGCAUUUCCUGAAGAUGCCAAACCCACCCCAGUGGAUCUUUGCAGGCUGUCGUGACCCCAAAGGACAGCGAUCACAGGAGUUACAGAAUUUGGCCUCCAAGCACCCCAAUAUCAUCAUCAUCCCGCUCGGUAGGUGCCCCGAGGUGGGGAUCCUUUGCCCCAGUUCCUCUGGCAAUGUGGAAGGAGCUGCUCCCCUGCCCUGUGCCACAUCCAUGUGUGCUCCUGUCCCCUCUGUGUCCUCACAGGCGUUCCUGCCCUUGCUGAAGAAGGCUGCCCAGGGGAGCCCAGGCUCAGGGCUGAGCUGCAGCAAGGCUGCCAUCGUCAACAUGUCCAGCUAUGCAGGUUCCAUUGAGGAUGUCUAUGUAUGGGAAUUUGGACAAGUUGUCUCAUACCGCUGCAGCAAGGCUGCCCUGAACAUGCUGACCAAGUGCCAGUCCCUGGCAUACAAAGAGCACGGCAUCCUCUGUGUCACUUUCCACCCCGGCUGGGUGCAAACCGACAUGGGGGGCGGAGGAUCAUUUAAGCCUCCCCUGACAGUGGAUGACAGCGUGCAAGGGAUGCUGAAGGUGCUCUCCUCCAUCUCUGAGAAGGACACUGGSACCUUCCUGGACUGGGAAGGGAAGGUUUUGCCCUGGUGAGAUGCUGGUUCCAGAUUCUGACUGUGAGGACCUUUGUCGCCGCACCAUGCUGUGCCUGUCUCUUAGUAAAGGAGUGUCC